AUGUCUGACGACGAAAUCGAUGUGAGUUUAUUCGAGGAGCCCGAGGGGUUUCUUCCACCACCUCCAGAGCCACAUUUCGCAACUUAUGGGCGCAAAAUACCUGGUGCUAAUCCCUCCACCAUCGAGAUGAGGUUGGUUGGAAAAUCGCCAUUGUGGGGCCACAUGCUCUGGAAUGCUGGAAUCUAUACCGCAGACUACCUCGAUAAGCAUAGCAGAGAACUCGUGCGUGGAAAAAGGGUUUUGGAGUUGGGUGCAGCCGCCGGAUUACCAAGUCUUGUAUGCGGGCUCAACGAAGCAGCAUACGUACUUUCCACCGAUUACCCCGAUCCGGAUUUGAUUGAUAAUAUCCAGUACAACGUGGACCACACUCCAGACGCCAAAAACAUAGAGGUCAAGGGAUACAUAUGGGGAAACGAUAUUGGAGCCAUGAUGUUUAAUGAAGAGAACAAGGCUGCGAAAGAGGAUGAAAAGUUUGAUUUAAUUAUUCUUUCGGACUUGAUCUUCAACCAUAACCAACACCACAACUUACUCAAGAGCUGUAAGCAGCUUUUAAAUGCAACAGGACUUAUAUUUGUUGUAUUUUCACCGCAUAGGGCUCAUUUAUUAAAUGAAGAUUUAAAGUUUUUUGAAACAUGCAAAGAGUAUGGAUUCAAAAGCAAACAAAACGACAUGCAAAUAUGGAAGCCGAUGUUUGAAGAGGACGAAGAAACAGCCGAGAUCCGGUCCCGAGUAUACUCGUACUUUUUAGAAUGGGAUCAAUAA